AGACAUACUUCUUCGAGCUGCGCUGUGUAUGUAAACAAAAUGUGCGUGGGGUAUAAGAAAAUGCCCAUACAGACACCAUGUGGCUAAUGUGUAAAGUUAAAAGUCAAGGAUUGGAGAAGGACGAUCAUCGCGACCAUUUUACUUCGGAUCGUGUAGCACUUUUAAGCAGUUCGGGACUUACGCGUGAAAAAGUGUCUCGGCAUCUCCCUCCGCAUGGGCCCCUCAGCUCACGAUGAAGAUUUUCACGGGGUAAUCUCGAAACAAGAUUUCAUUGGAACCUCGUUUUUAUACUUGACAAGACUUUUUCCACGAAGUUGAAAAAUCGAUUUUAAAAAAGCGUCCGAGGUUAUUCUGAGAUUGCAGACAAAAACUCUGCUCCGUUUGUUUUCGAUUCGAUUUUUUAUUUACGUUAUGAGUGUUUCGUCGACGUGGAAAUAUCAUUUCCUAGUGGCUCGAUUUUUAGAUUAAUUAAAAAGACUGAUAUAAACCAGGAAGCAGCAUAUACCUUUGGGUAUACACAUACGAGCUCAUUUUUCAAGUGAAAAAGAAUAAGAUGACUUUGCAUAAAGAUGUUUUUGAAACGAUCUCUUAUGGUAUACGAAAAAAUUCUUUGAAACUCGUCCAAAAGGUGCUCCGUAAGUUCGGACCCUUAAGUCCGACCAAAUUAAGAAAUUCUGGAGCUCAAACAACAGAUUAUCUUCUGCUCGUCAAUUCCAUCAUCAUGGGGCGGAAGAAAAUCACGAAAGAGCUCCUCAAGCACAACUUUUCGGUCAAUGGGCCGAUAUGUGACAACCUCGUGGAUACUCCCUUACACUAUGCCGUCCGCUUCAAUGACUACGGUUUGGUCACAGAUCUACUCGAAAAAGGGGCUAGAAUUAAUUGCAAAAACAAAUACGGUGAUUCUUCGCUUGUUCUUGCAAUGAAACUCAAGUUCUACCCAAUUGUAAAGCUUUUACUUUUGAAGUAUUUUGAUCAGUACGACAUGCUCUCGUUUACAGAUAGCAAUCAUUUGGUUGCUUAUUAUAUAGCGUGUUUGACAAACGACGAGGUGGCGGUGGGUCAUUUCGAGGCACGAGGUAUUGCAGUAAAAUUUCCAAAAUCAGAAAGAAAUUGGAUGAAAAGAAAACUGAAGCUGCAUUAUGCUGUGAGACACUCGCACAUUGCGUUACUUGAUCUUCUUAUCAGAUUUGGUUACAGUCCUAACCAGAAAAAUUACAAUGGUUCAACAGCCCUGCAUUGGUGCUUCUCAAAUUUCAUGGAAAAUAGGUGUCAAAAGUAUACUUGUCAGCAGAUGAUUGAUGUGAUACUCAUGUCAGAUAGCAUUGCUCUUCAAAAUAGUACGGACAGGAAAGGAAUUUCUCACUUCCAUAUAGCUUGCACAAGAGACAACCCUAAAGUUGUAAGAAAAUUCAUUGAAAAUGGAGUUGAUAUAAAUCUAGCUAUUCCAGAUUGGUCAGACAUUUUACCUUGUUAUACUCCUUUACAUUUGGCAGCUGACUUUCAUUGUCCUGAAGUUAUUGAAGAGUUACUCAAGCAUGGUGCAGAUGCUAAUGUUAGAGAUGAUGAAGGCUAUACUCCUAUUCAUGUUUCCUUUAAUAUAUAUGCUUCAGAAGAUGUCCAUCAUUAUUCUAGUGGAGUGAUGAUCAACAUGAUGUUUCAAAAUUCAAAACAAGAAAAUUGUGAAACUCUUGAUCAACUGUCACAUUUUCAUAUUGCUUGUUCAAUUAACAAUAGUGAAACAGUGGAAAAAUUUAUUGAAUUGGGAGUGGAUAUUAACAAACCCAUCAGUUGGACAUCUCCUUUAUUACCUGGUUAUACUCCUUUACACUGUGCAGUGGAAUUUAACAGUGUUGAUGUUAUAGAAAUAUUGCUAAAACACAAAGCAGAUAUUAACGUUAUUGACAGGUGGAAUAAAACACCAUUACAUUUAGCUUGGGUCAAAAAAGAAAAGUUUUGGUACCGAGAUAUAAGCGAUAAAAUAAUAGAUUUACUUUUGGAAGCUCAUAAUGACACCAGUGUUAAUUCAACUUGUCCAGAUGGUUUAUCUCAUUUUCAUAUAGCUUGUACACGUAACAAUCUAAAUGUAGUAAAAAGCUUUAUUAAAAGAGGUGUAAAAAUUAACCAGCGAACAUCGAGCACAUCGAAAGAUUUAAAAAAAUGUACUCCUUUACAUUGUGCUGUCAAGUAUAAUAGACUUGAUAUAGUGAAAGUAUUAUUGGAAAAUGGGGCUGAUGUUGACUUGAAUGGAAAAGAAACAGGCUAUACUCCAUUGUAUGCUGCAUGUGACAUAAGUUACAAUAAAACUUAUGAAAUAAUAGUUGAAGAAAUAAAUUCUUUUGAAUCAAAUGAAGAGCCUAGUUGGCAGUUUCCUAAUAAUGUCUUGGUUGGACAAAGCAAAUUUAUUGAUGCUUGGUCAGAAAACAGAAAAAAUCACAUAGAAAUUGUUAAACUUUUACUACAGUAUAAUAGCAAUGUUAAUGUACAAGUUUCAGGAGUUCCAUUAUUGUUACAUAUCUUCAAAUCCAAUAAACAUGAAAAAGUCAGCAAGGUGAUUCAACAUUACACCAAACAAUACAUUUGUAAUCACAUCACUGAAUUAAUUGAUCAGGAAAAUAUUAUUAGAAGAAAAGAAAUUAUGAAGAUUUUUUUGGAAUAUGAUGUUGAUCUCAAAGCUGUCAAUCCAGACGGAUACACAAUAUUGCAUGUAUUAGCAGCAAGUUUUUUAAAAGCUGAAUCUGACUAUGAAAUGGUUGAAUCAUUGCUUCGAAAAGGAGUUGAUGUUAAUAUUAAAACAAAAAGUAACGGUUUCUAUAAUGGAGUACCUAGAAAUUCAUGUUAUGCUAAAACAUCAGCAUUGCAUUUAGCUGUCAUCAAUGGACAUCAUCAUUAUAAAAUGAUAAAAUUGUUAUUGAAACAUGGUGCUAAUGUAAAUAGUAGAGAAUCUUUUUUAAAUUUUACCCCAUUGCACAUAGCCUGUCAAAAGUAUAAUGAUGAUCCUAUUGAGUAUUCCAAAAUAAUCAAUAUUCUCAUGGAGAAUGAUGCUGAAAUUGAAGCAGGGGAUAGAUUUGGAUUAACUCCAUUAUUUGCAGCAUGUCAGGCAAAUGGAAAAUCUGUUAUGGAAAUUUUAAAACAUGGGGCUUGUAUUAAUGCAUCAGGAGCAAUAUAUGAAACAGUAUUGCAUUUUCUAGUUGAAGUACAAGGUUCUAACACAGCAACAGGUUGUGAAAUAUUUUCUGUUUUACAAACUCAUAUAAAAAAAUUGAAACUUGCUGAACUUUUUGUGAGAGAAGACUUACAGUCUUACUGUACUCAGUUACAAGAUAAAGAAUUUUCAGCUAAUAAUAAUGAAAAAUUACCAAUGCUUUUGAACCAGUGUAAAGAAGAAUUGAAAAUAUUAAAAAACUACAAGUUGAAUAGUUAUUGUACACUAUAUAAUUUUAUUCAUAUGGGUUCAAAUGAGUUAGUUAAUUAUGUCAAAAAUAGAAAUGUAGUACGUCUUGUACGAUGUAGUAGAUUUGAAAUAGAUUUUCCUCAUUAUGGGUAUUUAAUAAAGUUACAAUUUAAACGAGGUAAAAAAAGAAGAGCACUAAUAGAACCUGCUAAAGUUGCAUUAAUUUCUCUUACUGGUAAAACUUUACCUGACCAAUGCAGUGAGUACAUUUUGAGAUUUUUUAGUAAUGAAGAUUUGAAAGAUUUAAUAGCAGUGACCAAUAGCUAAUAAUGAAUUAACUUCAUUGAAUUGAAACAUAUUACAGAUAAUGCAUUUUAAAACAAACACUAAAGACUGUGACUCUAGUAUGUAAUGCUCAUAUAGUUUAUUUUUGACAAAUUAUUAUUUAAGGUGAAAAAUCUCAAUUGAAAAGGCUGUUUUAAAAAAUAAACUUGUGAUAUAGUUAGAAUUAAGCACUGUUCAAUAAUUAUAGUAGCUUUGAAAUAUCAAUUCUACAAUGCAUAAUACAAGAAUGAUGAUUUUAUAAAUAUUUACUUAUAUAAUGUAAUGAAUUAAUAAUCACAAAAAAUAUCGAUUAUUUAUAUACACAAUAAUGUUUUAUAUUUGUAUGACUAUUUUGUAAAAUUUUGGUGUGAAUGAAAUUGCAGUAUGAUUAUCAUAAUGAAUUAAACUAGACUUGUAACUAUGGUAUGCAAAUUGGAAAAGAAUGUAAUCAUUUGUGGACACGAAUAAAAUAGAUUUGUGUAAGUUGUAUA